AUGAACUCUGAUUCCAAUGUGGACGAUCUGAGCACAGAAAUGGCAAGCGCUAGCUUGGACGAUGGAGGCACAGAUCCUGAGCAGCUGCUGUUUAAGCCUCCCCUUGACAGCAAAGCCUACAAGUCUCUGGACGACAUCCCUCGUUACCUGUAUCGCGUUUUUGUCCCUUCCUCCGACGCGAAGACGGACAGUAUAUGGGUGCGUUCAAAAUCAGUUUUACAAGGGCGCAGCUCUUCUACCAAGGACAUUUUCGACUACGAAAAUCAACAGAGUAUAGCCUAUCAGCUCAAUAUGCACCUUAGAUGGCGGAGAAACGGCUAUGCUGAGAACAAUUUCGUAUCUUGGACCAGCUCAUUACUCUUCGCAAUCCAGUACAUCUACUACAGACGCUUCAAAGACCAUGACAAGCCGAGUUUGAACGAUAUUGAGUUGCAUGUCAUAGACACGACAUCAUUCCCGACAGGCACAUUCAUGCGCGACUUGGAUUUGAUGGACUUUUUCGGUGAAUACGACUAUGAUAGACAUCCUCACUAUUACCCACCCAACUACAACCUGCCCAAUUUAAGGACAUUUCGCAAUGAGCACCUUGAAGGCUAUUAUUUUGGCGAAUAUCUCUCGCAAGGGUCACUGAAGAUUGAGAGUAACUUUCAAAUGAUAACUGCGAACGUUCUUUUCGACAAUGAUCGCCUACAUCGUCUACAGCCUGCUUUCGCCGCUCUCUAUAGGGACCCAGAAGAUGGAGUUCCAAAGUGGGCAGACGCAGUUAUAGAUCUUCGUAAGGCUAUCUGGCCCCAAACCACCCGACUACUUUCUUCGGCGGAAAUUAAUCGCCGGUUGCAAGCUGUCAAAGAGAUCGUGGACAAUUCUGCACCUAGCUAUAGGUUCCCUCUUGGAAUCUACCUUGCAGCACUUACCGGCACCGAGUCAACAACAGAAGACCAAGGUACCGCGGAUGACAAUGUUAUCUUCCAAUUCUUUCGACUCGGGACCUGGGACGGUAGGUUACGAGCCACUCUCACCCCAAGGAGAAGACACGUUUACUGA